AUGAUGGCCGCGUCCGUCUUCCUGGCUCGGAUCGGGCGGCAACCUCUCAGCGCUUGGUUUGUCCGAGGGCUAGCAACGAAGAAGCCGCCGAUCGACCUGCGCGAAGAGGACCUCGACGAGUCGUUUGUCAAAGGCAGCGGCAAGGGCGGCCAAAAGAUCAACAAGGUCCGCAACAACGUCUUCCUCAAGCACCGCCCAACCGGCCUCUUUGUGCAAUGCCAGAAGACGCGGUCGCUCGACGACAAUCGCCGCGUCGCGCGAAAGCUCUUGGCCGCCAAGCUGGACGACCACUUUAACGGCGCGCAGAGCGUUCGCAGCCUCAAGAUCCUCAAGCUCCAGAAGAAGAAAGCGAAGAAGAAGGCCAAGUCCCGCCAGAAGCACCACGCCGGCUCCAAAGACGGCGCUGCUCCAGAUGACGAAGAUGACAGCGAGGACAGCGAGAACGAAGAUGACGAAGAUGACAGCGAUGACAGCGAUGACGAAGAUGACGAAGAUGACAGUGCGCAGGACAAGGCCACUGCAAGCACUCAAAGAGAGACGCAGUAG